AUGCAACCGAGUACAUCGAGUAAGCGACCGUCCCUCUGUCUUGGAAAGGCCGGGAAAGCGAAACGCCCGCGACAGCUGCCGUGGGAUCUGAUCGAUCGACUGCUGGUACCGAUUAUUUGCUGCCACGCUGCAGCGAUUCUCGUUUCCGGUGUGCUGAAUCUGCUGCGAAUUUCCCAGGUGUCCGCCUUCGUCCUGUUCAUACUAUUCACCAUCCUGACCGUUAGCGGUGUGCUCGUCUACCACAGCCUCCAGAUCUCACCCCUGGGAAAGGCGGUCCUUGUUACCGGCUGCGAGUCACUGCUCGGCCGUACCCUAGCCAAGCGCCUGGAUGACCUUGGAUUCACCGUGUUUGCCGCGUUCAAGAAGCUGCAGGACAGCACCGAUGCGGCCACCCUGAAGGAGACCUCCUCGGGCCGUCUGAAACUGCUCCAGCUGAAUGUGACCAGCGAAGUCGAGAUGCUGAAGGCUUCGUUGUCCAUCGUAGAACAGCUUCCCGAAGGAGAACCGGGUCUGUGGGCGUUGAUACACUGCGAUCUGUGGAGUGCACUCGGUGAACUGGAAUGGGUUCCAUUUCCCGUCCUGCGGAAGUCCUUCGAUAUUAACGUUCUCGGAGCCUCAAGGUUGACGCAGAUCAUGCUGCCAUUAAUUCGACAAAAGCAGGGUCGCGUUGUAUUUCUGUCUUCGGCUCUUGCUCAUUUGCCUUCGCCUGUACGAGGCGUUCCCUGUGCGACGCAGGCUGCCCUCGAAGGACUCGCUGCUUGUCUACGUCAGGAGCUGAAGCCCCGUGGUGUCGGAGUGUCGAUCGUUUGUGCAGGUGAGUUGGCUGCUGGUAACGCCUGGCUUAACGACAAGGAUAUGCGCGAACAGGCCAAAGCAAUGUGGAUGCUGCUUAGCGAGGAACAACGAGUGGUUUACGGCGAAGAGUACUUCGAGCAAGCGAUCCGUUCGUUGGAACCGUGUGAAAGAGAGGAAGACGAGUUUCAGUCAACCGUGGUCGCUAUGACGGAUGCCAUUGUGCGCACUUUCCCGGUUUUCCGCUACACACCACUUACGCGCCAGGAAAAGCUGCAAACCAUCGUCGCCGAACAUCUACCGGGAGCUUUGUACGAGAUUAUGUACAAAGCCUGA